AUUUUCUGAUUAUUAUCCCUCCUUGGGUAUACAACUAAAGAGUAAAAAAAGGCAAACGCUAGGUAGGGUCUAAUGAUUUGCGACAUGAACCCAAUCCUGGGUCUGCGGCUCCCUGUCUUCCCUCUCGAAACAUCAAAAUUGGUUGUAACACUCACAUACGGGCACUUGAGCAAGGAUCUGGGCUGGCUAAUACUAUUCACGCAAUAUCGGCCUUUUAGAAGUUUUUUUUCAGUCCCUGUAGGACGCAAAACGAGUUGAUCCAGAAACGCGUAUCAACCAGCGUAUCCCCCAUGCUGUCCAAAAAAGAGUGACAGAUGGGUACAAGCUUCGCCCUUCUGCUGUACGUGGACAAGGCACACCUCGCUAUUCACGAUGUACACAACGGCAGUCUUGUCGGCGCAGAUCACAUCGGCCAGCGGGGACGUAUCGGGCCCAACUGAUUCACGGCGGCAGCCUAUCGAGCGCAUGUGCAUACGCGUAGGAAGAUGGAUUAACUUGGAUGCCUCGGGAUAUUU